AUGCUUUUCCAAGAGGUAUUCGCAAUUCAUUUGUUGAUUUUUUUCUGCCUACACGUAAUAAAAAUCGCGUCUUUAAACCCCGACGGCCUCGCCCUGCUCUCCCUGAAGUCCGCCAUGACCGCCGCCGCCGCCUUCCCCAACUGGAACGAAAACGACGCGUCCCCCUGCGGCUGGGCCGGGAUUUCGUGUGCAAACAUCUCCGGCUCGAGCGGCGCACGUGUCGUCGGGAUAUCCAUCGGCGGGAGGAACCUCCGUGGGUACAUCCCGUCGGAGCUCGGCAGCAUAUCUUAUCUCCGGCAGCUGAAUUUACACGGGAACAACUUACACGGCUUGAUUCCCCAUCAGCUGUUCAACGCUUCUUCACUGCACAGCAUUUUCCUCUACGGUAACAAUCUCUCCGGUUCUUUACCUCUCUCCCUCUGCACCUUACCCCACCUACAGAACAUCGACUUUUCCAAAAAUUCCCUCUCCGGCCAACUCCCCAAGUGCUUCACUAGCUGCAGUCAGCUACAGCGGCUGAAUCUUGCCGGAAACAAGUUUUCUGGCCAGGUUCCAGCCGGCAUUUUCCGGGAGCUUACGAGUUUACAGCACCUUGAUUUAUCCUCCAACGAUUUCAACGGCUCGAUCCCCGACGACAUGGGCGAGUUGAAAUCGUUGACAGGCACUCUGAAUUUGUCCUACAAUCACUUCGCCGGAAAAAUACCGAAAAUGCUCGGGGAGUUGCCAGUCACCGUCAGCUUCGACCUCCGGCACAACAAUUUGAGCGGUCAGAUUCCCCAGACGGGCUGUUUCUCCAAUCAGGGCCCGACUGCAUUCUUGGAAAACAAUGAUUUGUGCGGUUUUCCAUUACAAAAGUCUUGCAAGAGUUCCGACCCGUCAGGGUCUCGGUUUUACAAUCAACAAAAGGGGCUCAGACCGAGCCUGAUUAUACUGAUAUCCAUGGCUAAUGCAUUAGGGAUAGCGUUUAUAGGACUCAUAAUCAUUUACAUUUACUGUAAACAGAAGGACUCAAACGGGUGCACCUGUACAAAGAAAGUAAAGCUUGGAGGGAGUGAAAAAACGAACCUUUUCGCAUUUCCUUGCGUGAAUGGACUUCCGAGCAACGACUCCGAAAUCGAGUCUGAAAUAGAUGGCGGUGGGGAAGGUGAGUUGGUGGCUAUCGAUAAAGGCUUUCAUUGCGAGAUAGACGAGCUUUUGAGAGCCUCUGCCUACGUGCUCGGAAAAAGUCGUUUGGGCAUAGUUUAUAAAGUCGUGCUCGGAAAUGGAAUUCCUGUAGCGGUUAGGAGGUUAGGGGAAGGUGGGGAACAAAGGUAUAAGGAGUUUGUAGCUGAGGUUCGGGAGAUUGGGAAAAUAAAGCACCCGAAUGUUGUGAAGCUGAGGGCGUACUAUUGGGCCCCAAACGAGAAGCUUCUCAUAAGUGAUUUUAUUUCUGACGGCAGCUUGGCUUCUGCAUUUCGCGGCAAGCCGAACCAACCCAACUCCACCUUGUCGUGGAAGGCCCGUCUCAAGAUCGCCAAAUGCACGGCCCGCGGGCUGGCCCACCUCCACGACUGCAGCCCGCGCAAAUUUGUCCACGGCAACAUAAAGCCUUCCAACAUCCUCCUCGACAACGAUCUCCUGCCAAAAAUCUCCGACUUUGGCCUCAGCCGCCUCAUCGCCAUCACCGGACACAACCCUUCCUCCGGCGGGACCUUCCCAUACCUCAACCCACCGCAGCCCGAAAGGGCCAUAAGCUAUUGGGCCCCCGAGGCCCGGGCCCAAAAGGCCCGACCCACUCAGAAAUGGGACGUCUACUCAUUCGGGAUCGUCUUGCUGGAGCUGCUGACCGGAAAGUCCCCAGAGCUUUCUCUUCCGGCGAGCUCGAGCUUGACCUCGGCCGAAAUUCCAAAUAUCGUACGGUGGGUGAGGAGAGGGUUCGACGAGGAGACUCCGCUUUCGGACAUGGUGGAUCCCAUCUUGCUGCAAGAGAUACGCGCCAAGAAAGAGGUUUUGGUGGCGUUUUCUGUUGCGCUCGCUUGCACGGAGACGGACCCUGAGGCUCGACCGAGGAUGAAGACGGUGUGCGAAAAUCUCGACAAGAUUGGAAGUUGA